AUGGCCAACACCAAGGGCUCAUCCUUCCACCCUGCCCUAGCUGUGUCCAAUAUCAAGAAUAACAUUCCCAUCACUCUUGAUCUGGAGCACGUUCAAUAUGGAACGUGGGUUGAGCUUUUCAAAGUUCAUGCGCGAUCCCACCGAGUCUUACAACAUAUUAUCCCUCCUAAAACUGCCACGCCACCGUCUACGGACGCGGAGAAGGACCUCUGGGCCACCCUUGAUGCCACCGUUCUCCAGUGGAUUUAUUCCACAAUUUCCACAGACCUUCUCCACACUAUUAUAGAACCAGAUUUAACAGCCCUGGCUGCGUGGCGCCGCUUGCGGGACAUCUUUCAAGAUAACAAAACCUCGCGAGUGAUUGUUCUUGAACAAGAGUUCACACAUCUCUCAAUGGCAGAUUUUCCCUCUUCUUCUUCUUAUUGCCAGAGGCUCAAGGAGUUGUCGGAUCAACUCCGGCAAGUGGGCACCACCAUCUCCAACGACCACCUUGUGUUGCAACUUGUAUCGGGCCUCACGCCUGCAUACAGUACCGUCGGCACGUUCAUUCGCCAAACAUCCCCACUGCCACCCUUUUAUCAGGCCCGGUCGAUGCUCACGCUCGAAGAAUCGGGCCUAGCCAAACAAACGGCCAAUGACAACUCCGCCAUGGUGGCCGCUUCUACUUUUGACGUGGCAGAGUCUCCAUCGGAUUCGGCUCCUACAUAUCAUGGGAAACAAAAAUCGCAGCCUCGGCCGGCCAGGAAAAAGCACGGCAGUGGAGGUGCCGGUGACCGGGGUCGAGGUGGUGGUGGUGGCAGGCGCGGUGGUGGUCAUCAGCAGGCCACCAGUCAGCCACCUACAUGGGGCAGUGACAACCGUAUACUCAAGGGGGUGUGUGGCCUUGGCAGUGGCCUUGGACCCCCCCUCCAUGUCCUUACCCAGCAAGUUCUUAUUGAGCCAGGCCUUCUCCUAUGA